GUCGGUGCCUCUCCUGCGUUUUCUCCUCCCCUUGCUUCCCGCAUGCCCAACAAGCGACAUCAGCCAACUCUCUUUACCCACCCAGAGGGCGACGCUGACGACGAAAACGACGAAUCCUGGCAGUCCUCGCGCUUCUCCUCGGGCUCGGGCAGCCUCAAGUCCCGGAUGAAGACCCGACAAAGAAACGCGUUUUCGCCCAACUCCUCCAACCCGAACGCGCCCCUGGCAUCUUCCGCUACGACGCCAUCACCGGCAGUGCGCUCCAACUACGCGAACAUAUACAACCAGUUCGUACGGCGGUACCGGAACGGUCAGACCAUCGACGAUGACCCGCGAAACGACCCCGAGUCCCACUACUAUCACCGUGGCUUCGGCCAACUCCUAGACGGCGGAGACAGCGACGAUGAAGACACCCGUGUUCCCGCUGGCAUGGCCGAGCCUGACCGGAUGUCUGUUCUCAUGCUCGACGCAGAGCCCAUCGAGCCACAGACCCUAGAAGACCGAGAACGCCUAGAAUGGCAGACUAUGCUCGCCUCGGUUCUUGCGGGCGACGUGCUCAAGGCGGAGAACACGCGUAUAGCGGUCGCGCUAAAUUCAUCCUCGGAAGAGGAGAAUAAUCCCCGCGCGGGCAUCUGGCUCGGCAUUCGCGCACGCUUUCACGGACGCACCAUCGAGGAAGAGCGCAAGAAACUCGAGGAGCGACGGCUGCGCACGGUCGACUCGGUCAUCAGGGAGAUUCUUGGCUUCCGCGUCCAGGAUCCUCCACCAGGAUCGUCCGAAAGCCGCGAGACCUAUGCUCUGCAGCAGGUCAAUGCCGUUUUGCGCCGGCUAGAGAUUGCGCAUUCCCUAUACCCCAGUCUGCGCGCGUUCUAUCUAGACUACCCCUCCGCGACUGAUGUCGAAUUCCAGUCGAGAUGCGACACCCUGAACACAUGGUCUACUGUCCUGACUUCCCUACGCCAACUCCUCGGGACGCUGCGCAAAUGGACAGGGAGCGAGAAUAUGGACGUUACGCAGCCCCCAUCCCACCCUUCCACCCCGGGGACCUCACCCGCCGAGGGCGGGAAGGCGAACGGCACGACCUUCGUCGAGCGAUUACUCAAGGAGGAGGGCGUACAGAGGCAGUUCGAGAAGGGCUCAAUGACCACCAUUCACGCGCUCGUCGGGACGACUCGCGACGCCCACGUUAACCUCGCGCCCAUGUUCCGCAAGAUGAACCUUCCUUCGUUCGAGCAGGAGCUCGUCCCCCUGGUCUCGUUCCUCACGGACCUCGCACAGGCUGUCCUCCGUGUGCGGCUGUCCUACGCCCAGAACCUGAAGAACCCCGACGUGCUCAUAAUCGAUCAGAUGACGGACGACUUGAAGGUCAAGAUCGGGUUCGCAUGCACGCUCAAGCGGCAGUACGAGGCAUUUUUGGUGCCUGACCCUGGCGGGAACUGGAAAUUGCCCCCCUGUAUCAGCGACGACUACGAUUCGACCAUCCUCGAGGCCCUCACAUUCUUUUUCAAGCUGAUACACUGGAAGCUGAAGAGUGGGACGAAGGGCAUCUACUUCAAAGAAACGGAUGUCAUCGAGGCGCAGUGGGCGACAUUCAGCGAUGUCAGUCUCACGAUACCUGGAGGCGCGUCCCUGGUCGCCGAGCAGCUUUGUGCGCUAACCAACAAGUUGAUCGUUCGGGUCACAAAUUAUUUCGACACUUCCAUACGUGUCCCCGGCAUGCCCGACGACGUCUUCCCCACAAGCAUGUCCGAGCGCGCGCGGAAGACGAUGAAGACCAAUGGCCUAAACGGCGCGCCUAUGAUGCAGCCAUCCUUGACCACUGGAUCGCAGCCCACCGGAGUCAGCGUCCCGAAAGAGCGCCUCGUUGGGUGGUAUUCGAAGAUCCUUGACGGUGUGAGGCAGCGGUCGCGCAAGCUCCAACGCCUAGCACGAGUCCUCUCCCAUCGGUUCAGUGACUCGGCCGAGUACGAUCUGGAGGACGUCGACAUCGACGCUUUCAUCGCCACCUUGGUGGAAACAGACCACUUCCUCGUGUACACGCAGAGCUUCGAGGAGGAGGGCACCUACAUCGUUGCGCCACCAGGGCUCCGCGAACACCCGGAUGUCAUCCGGCGACUGCUCGUCGACGCGUUCCACGUGAGCGAGAUCGACGAGAGCAGUUGGCUGAUGGAGAGUGGAGACGUCGAUCCAGACUACGAGGAAAUCACUUCUUACCUCCUUGUUCUCUCUCCGCGUACGCGGUUUCUCUGGAACGGUCUUGUUCUCAUGCUCCAAAUACCCAAGAUCGAACUACAGCUAGAGGAUAACCGUGUCCGGCUGGUGGCGGACGGCUCGCAGCAUAGGCUUACGUUCGCCAAGCGGCAGUUUGGUGACCUCUUCGAAGCACUGGAGGACGAGGAGACGGGCGAGCCCAUCGAGGCCGCAAUGCCUCCCCUGGCGUGUCUGGUCGAGCAACAGGCUCACCUUCCGUCGGUAAACCGCGAGCUGCGCAAGAUUGGUCGCGCGACGAACAGGCUUGCCGACUCUAUCGUCGAGGCCGUCCACGUCGUGCGGCACGCGCUCAAGGACACGAACAACUAUCAGGAGCUGCUCGAGAACUGGUACGUUUUCGCGUCCGACCACGCGACGCACGUGGAGAAGUACAUGGACCGCCCGACGCUGCUCAAGUACAACCAGUCGCUGAUCAAGCUCGCCAUCUCCUGGGUGUCCUUCAUCUGUGAUGACUGCGACCCGAACGACCGCAAGACGUUCCGGUGGGCGGUUACCGCGCUCGAGUUCACCCUACACCGUACUCGGCGGAACAACAUCCUCCACCUUCCUGAUGACCAGUUCGAGAUGCUGCGGCAGAAGGUCGCGAGCUGUAUGACCCUCCUGAUCAGCCACUUCGACAUCCUUGGCGCGCGCUCGACGCUUGAGGCGAAGCGCGAAAAGGAGCGCCAGGAAGAACUCCUGCGGCAGCAGACGUCCAACCGGCGGUCCGACGAGGACGCCGAGGAGGCCGCUUUCCAAGCCGACCCGGAGGACGAGGACCUGGUAUUCGCAUACGCGGAUCCCGCCCUGCGCGCGUACUGGGACAAGGCGUCUCAGGCUGCGCGGGAUAUCGAGGUGCAGCGGGCGGAGAUAGGCGCGGAGCGGCACAUCAUCGGGCGCGUACUGGACGAGAAGAUCCUCGUCGACCGCUCUGUUGUGUUCCUCGCCGGAUCCAGCUCGAACAUUUCCAUACGCUGGCAGCAACGGCGCUUCAUCGGCGCGGGUUCAUUCGGCUCUGUGUACCUCGCGAUCAACCUCGACUCAAACACGCUCAUGGCGGUCAAGGAGAUCAAGUUCCAGGAGACGGCGGGCCUCACGAACCUCUACUCGCACAUCCGCGAUGAGCUCCAGGUCAUGGAGAUGCUGCAUCACCCGAACGUCGUCGAGUACUACGGUAUCGAGGUGCAUCGCGACAAGGUGUACAUCUUCGAGGAAUACUGCCAGGGAGGAAGUCUUGCGGCGCUGCUCGAGCACGGGCGAAUAGAAGACGAGAACAUCUUGCAAGUAUAUACGUUGCAGAUGUUGGAGGGUCUCGCGUACCUACACUCGCAAGGUGUCGUCCAUCGCGAUAUCAAGCCCGACAAUAUCCUCCUUGACCACAUGGGCGUCAUCAAGUACGUCGAUUUCGGUGCAGCGAAGAUCCUUGCGAAGAACCACCGCACGCUGCAGCGUACACGACGCAUACCGGAGACAACACCCACCGCCGACGGUUCACUCGGCAACGGGCUGAACAACAGCUUGACGGGUACACCCAUGUACAUGUCACCAGAAGUCAUCCGCAAUAACAAGCGCGGGCGCCACGGCGCCAUGGAUAUCUGGUCCCUCGGUUGUGUCGUCCUCGAGUGCGCGACUGGUCGAAAACCAUGGAGCAAUCUCGACAACGAGUGGGCGAUCAUGUUCCACAUCGGUGUCGCGACGCAGCACCCACCAUUGCCCGAUCCUGGGCAGCUGGGCGAGAUGGGCAUCGACUUCAUUCGACAGUGUCUUACGAUUGACCCCGUGAUACGUCCAACCGCUGUCGAGUUGAUGAACCACCCGUGGAUGAUCGACUUCCGGGAGAAGCUCCGGAGCUACGAGGAGGGGGAAAGCGCGAGCUCGAGUCCGCCCCCGGACAUCUCCACCGACGGCGGCACGUUCGAGGCGGCGACCAUCGCACGCCAGGCCGCCAUCCUCCAAGAGCAAGAGACCGAAUUCAUCUCAGCGCAGUCCCCGACGCUCUCCCCUCUGGAGACGCCGGAGGGCUCGUCCACCAACUCCUCGCCCGGCCUGCGCGAAAGCCCGCCAGACACGCAGUCGAGCUCGGACGAUCGCGGUUUCAGCUCGCCCGAGAACAGCGGGAACAGCUCCUGACACUCGUUCCCGUCCCCGCUCCCUCCCCCUGACCUUGUAUACCAUACGAACCGUACGAACGUUGCCUCGCCCAUACUCUUGCCGUGUAGCUUAUCACGUUUCCUCGCUGUUGUCAUAUUGUUUGCACGCAUAGCUCUCUCCCCUCGGUCCACCUGC